AUGGAGUUGUUCACCAACACUGCCUCCGCGCCACCCAAAGCGCCGCCGCGGCCGCACGUCGUGCUUCUCCCCAGCCCCGGCGCCGGCCACCUCACUCCAAUGGCCGAGCUGGCGCGGCGGCUCGUGGAGCUCGGCUUCUCGGCUACGAUCGUCACCUUCACCAACCUCUCUGCCCCAGUAGAUGCAGAUCGGCUCACCCCGUGCCUCCCGGCCUCCGUUGCCGUCGCCGCGCUCCCCGCCGUCCAGAUGGACGACCUCCCCGCCAACGUCCACGACGGCGCGGUGCUCGGGGAGCUCCUCCGCCGCUCCCUCCCCAACAUCCGCGCCCUCCUUCGCUCCAUCAACUCCACCACCCUGCUCGCCGCAGUCGUGCCAGACUUCUUGUGCUCCAUGGCGCUGCACAUCGCGGCCGAGCUCGGCGUCCCCGGAUACCUCUUCUUCCCUAGCAACCUGGCCAUGGUCGCCCUCACGCGCCACAUCGUCGAGCUCCACGAGGGCGCCGCUCCGGGCGAGUACCGCGACGUCGCGGUGCCUCUCGAGCUUCCCGGCGGCGUGUCGCUGUGCGGCGCCGACAUCCCGGACGCGUUCCGCGGCAGUUUCACCAACCAGCGGUACGCGAAACUUGUCGAGCUGGUCCGGAGCUAUCGCCUCGCCGAUGGCAUACUGGUGAACACGUUCUACGAGAUGGAACUUGGCACCGCGGAAGCGUUCAAGCGACUGGAGCAAGCUGCGGGCACGUUCCUCUUCCCGCCCGUUUUCCCGGUGGGGCCAUUCGUCCGGCGGCCAGACCCCGACGAAGCCGCCGCCGGCGCGUCGUCGCCAUGCUUGGAGUGGCUUGAUCGUCAGCCGGUCGGUUCCGUGGUGUACGUCGCCUUCGGGAGCGGCGGGGUACUUUCUGUGGAGCAGACGGCCGAGCUCGCGGCCGGUCUGGAGGCGAGCGGCCAAAGGUUUCUUUGGGUCGUGCGGAUGCCAAGCACCGACGGCGGCGGCGACGACGAGGACGACCCAUUGGCGUGGCUCCCCGUGGGCUUCUUGGAGAGGACCAGGGGCAGGGGCCUGGCCGUGGCGGCGUGGGCGCCUCAGGUGCGCGUGCUGUCCCACCGUGCGACCGCCGUCUUCGUGUCACACUGCGGAUGGAACUCGACGCUGGAGAGCGUGGGGUGCGGUGUGCCGAUGCUCGCGUGGCCGCUGUACGCGGAGCAGGGAAUGAACGCCGUCAUCCUGGAAGAGAAGCUCGGGGUGGCGCUGCGGGUGCCGGCGGCACGAGAGGACGAUCGAUGCUUGGUGACGCGACACGAGAUCGCCACCGCCGUGAAGGAACUCGUGGAGGGGGAUCAGAAGCUGCGGCGCCGGGCCGAGAGCCUGCAGAAAGCGGCAGCAGGUGCGUGGUCACCGGAGGGGCCGUCGCGCCGGGCGCUCGAGGAGGUCGCCGUCAAGUUGAAGGCGGCGCUUGGCAGAGAGAAGUAACAAUUUCAUGAGUGAAUAGCAUAAAACCAUCACAUUUGCGUCAUGCGUUUUAUUUUGAAAAUUGCUAGAUGUAAGUCUCCUAAAUUUUGAAUUUGGGUCAGUUAAUUUCUUAGUCAUUGAUUCUUGCUCUGAGUUGUGUGCUGUUUUUUUUUUCUGGACUGUUUUGUGAGCUGGUUUGUGCUGUUUUUAUUUUGACUUUUUUUAAUUUGCUGCUGGCUAAAGCCCAUUGCCUGUACUGCCCAGUCCAUCCCUUUGUUAUUGUUUCGUUUUUUUUGUGGCUUUUAUGCGGUUUUUUUCUUUUGUUAUGUGUUUUCUUUUGUACGUAUUCUGGGACGUGGG